CAGGGAGAAUGUUAGGAUUGACAGAAUUGCUCCAUAUAUUUAAAAAAAAAUGAAAUCCUAAGUUUAGCUGUUCUGGGUUCUUUGAGAGUUAAAGAAUUUGGAAGGGGCAAUAACAUUUUAGUAAAACAAGAUCUGCAAUUAAUUAUUAACUGUGGGUGAUACAUAUUGGUGGUAUUUCUGUUCAUCUACAGCAGAAGCCAGAUAGAGUUUAAUCCAGAUUUGUUAGCAUUGUUGGUGUGUUAGUUGUGAUGCUAUGGCUAUUUUAAUAUUUUGUUUUAUUUUGUUAUUUUCUGGAACAACUUUUAGUCAAGAUAAAACCUAUGUCCUUACAGCAUCAAAGAUUUUCCGAGUUGGGACAUCUGAGAAAGUCGUAGUUCAAGCUUUUGGUUAUGAGAAGGAAUUUGCAGUCAACGUUGCCUUAAGAAGCUUUCCAGAUAAGCUUGUUUCUUAUUCGUCUGGCAGCAUUUCUUUAACUCCAGCCAACAAAUUUCAAGAUGCCGUAACUUUAACACUUCAACCAACAGAUUUAGCAAGAACAGCAGAUUCAGUCAAGUAUGUGUAUUUGGAAGCUGUUUCCCCACAUUUUACCAGAUUGAAAAAAAUUCCUGUUUCCUAUGAGAAUGGCUUUCUUUUUAUUCACACAGACAAACCAGUUUAUACUCCCGAUCAGUCAGUGAAAGUCAGAGUUUACUCUCUGAAUGAAGAUCUGCAGCCAGCUCGGCGAGAAACUGUCCUAACAUUUGUGGAUCCCGAUGGAGUAAAAGUGGAUAUCAUAGAAGAAAAAGACUUUACUGGAAUAGUUUCUUUUCCUGACUUCAAGAUUCCUCCUAAUCCUAAGUAUGGAAUUUGGAAGAUUGAAGCCAAGUACAAAAAGAAUUUCAUAACCUCUGCUGUUGCAAAAUUUGAAGUUAAGGAAUAUGCACUGCCAAGCUUUUCCAUCGUCAUACAGCCAGAACGUAACUUUAUUAGUUCUGAUAAAUUUGAGAACUUCAGGAUUGCUGUGACAGCCAGCUAUUUUUAUAAUAAAAGGCUUCCAAGUGCUGAUGUUUUUCUUCGUUUUGGAAUAAUUGAAGGAACUGGAAAAAGAAUGAUGCCUCGUGCAAUGCAUGUAACUAGGCUUGAAAAUGGUGUUGCUGAAAUCAGUUUUAACAGUAAGAAAGAAGUGAGUUAUUUAGGAUUUCAGAGUCUAGAAGAAUUGGAUGGGUCAUAUUUAUAUAUUGCAGCAUCAGUGAUGGAAUCUAUGGGUGGCCUCAGUGGUGAAGUGGAAUUUACUGGAGUCAGAUACGCUGUAUCUCCUUACAAAUUAAACUUGAUUGCUACUCCUCUCUUUAUAAAGCCUGGACUUCCAUUCUUCGUAAAGGUGCAGGUGAAAGAUACAGUAGAUCACUUUGUUGGAAACAUCCCUGUAACUCUCACUGCAAAAUCAUUUAGUGAGCAAAUGGAUGAGACUGAGUUGAUAUCAGAGGGUUCAGAAUCUGGGAGAAGAAAAACAAGCAUGAAUGAUGGAACUGCUUUAUUUGUUAUUAAUAUCCCAUCUGAUAGCACGCUACUGGAGUUUCAAGUAAAAACUGUUGAUCCACAUCUUUCAGAUGAAAACCAAGCAACCAAAACCUAUGAAGCAAGAGCUUAUUCAUCAUUAAGUCGGAGUUAUCUAUAUAUUGACUGGGCUUCAAACCACAAAAUACUUCAAGUAGGGGAUUUCAUCAAUAUUAACGUAUAUCCACAUAGUCGGUAUAUUCAUAAAAUACAUCACUACAGCUAUUUGAUCAUGUCAAAAGGGAAGAUAGUAAGCUUUGGAACUCAGAAAAGAAUUAAAGAUUUGGAAUAUGAACACCUAAGUUUUCAGAUAACCCAAGAAAUGGUUCCUUCAGCACGUCUUGUUGUUUACUACAUCGUCAUGGGAGAAGAAACUGCUGAGUUAGUAGCUGAUUCAGUCUGGCUGAAUGUGGAACAGAAGUGUGGGAAUAGUCUUGAUAUUAAGGUGCUACCAAGCAAAAAGACACACAGACCAGCAGAAGUCUUAUCGCUUUACAUGAAAACACAGUUCAGUUCCUUUGUUGCUUUGUCAUCUAUUGACAAGGCAGUAUAUGGAGUUAUUGGAAGAGGAAGGAGAGCAAUGGAAAAAGUAAUACAAGAUUUGGAAAAGAGUGACCUUGGAUGUGGUGCUGGAGGAGGACGGAAUAAUGUUGAUGUAUUCCGAAUGGCUGGGCUUACAUUUUUAACUAAUGCAAAUGCUGAUGAUUCAAAUGAAGCAGGUGAAACUUGCAAUGAAAUUGUAAGAACCAAACGGUCUGACUUCAAGGAGCGAAUACUCAAGGAAGCAUCCAAAUAUAAAUAUGAAGCGAUUAAAAACUGCUGUAUGGCUGGAGUAAAAGCAUAUCCAGUCAGUGAGACUUGCAGUGAUAGAGCUCGGCGAAUUCGGAGUAAUGAAAAGUGCAUUUCAGCAUUCAGGGAUUGCUGUGAAUUUGCCAACAGACUGCGGGAAGAAGAGCCUAAUAAGCUGCUAAUAUUGGCAAGAAUGCAUUUUGAGGCUAUCUUGGAACUGGAUGAAGCAGAAGUUCGUAGCUAUUUUCCUGAAAGCUGGUUAUGGGAAGUUCACCAAGUUUCUUCUAGAUCAAAGUCUCUGUCUAUCACUCUGCCUGAUUCACUGACUACCUGGGAAGUGCAAGGUGUUGGCAUUUCUGAUAAAGGUAUAUGUGUUACUGCACCACUGGAAGUGCAAGUUGUAAAAGACAUCUUCCUUAACAUUUAUGUUCCUUAUUCUGUGGUGCGAGGAGAACAAAUUGAGUUAAAAGGAUCAGUUUAUAACCACAGAGCUUCUGCAAUUAAGUUCUGUGUUAAAAUAGCAGCUGGAGAUGGAAUCUGUUCUUCCGGAGGUUCUGCAACUACUGGAGCAAGGAUACGCGGUUGUAAUUUUAAGUAUCUAGAUGGUAGUUCUUCAUCGCCAUUUAUGUUCAGAAUACUUCCUUUGGAAUUAGGUCUUCACACUAUCAACUUCACACUGCUGACAGAUGGAAACAGUGAAACUGUAGUUAAAACAUUACGCGUAAUGCCAGAAGGCAUUAAAAAAGAACUUCAUGCAGGUUUCACUUUGGAUCCACAGGGUGUUUAUGGUUCAGUCAAGAGACGCCAAGAAUUUCGUUAUAAAAUACCACUAAAUCUGGUCCCUAAAACAAAAAUCGAUAGAAGUGUCAGUGUAAAAGGACAUCUUAUGGGUGAAGUGAUUGCCACAGUCCUUAAUCCUAGUGGUCUUAGUAUUCUUACUAAUCUUCCAAAGGGCAGCGCAGAGGCAGAGCUCAUGAGUAUUGCCCCUCUUUUUUAUGUGUUUCACUACUUGGAAGCAUCAGAUAACUGGCAAAUACUGGGUUCCAAAACCUUAACUUCCAGAACUGAAAUGAGGAGGAAGAUGAAAGAAGGAAUUGUAAGCGUUUUGUCAUUCAGAAAUUCUGACUUCUCAUAUAGCAUGUGGAAGAAUGGGCAAGCUAGCACAUGGUUGACAGCUUUUGCUUUAAGAAUUCUUGGACAAGUUAAUCAAUAUAUAAAUCUUGAUCAAAUUUCUGUUUGUAAUUCACUUCUGUGGUUGAUUGAUAACUGUCAAAUGCCAGAUGGCUCAUUCACUGAAUUUUCAGAUUAUCAGCCAGUGAAACUACAGGGUACAUUACCUAGAGAAGCUAAAGAAAAAUCUUUGUAUCUCACAGCAUUUUCUAUUAUUGGAAUUGAAAAGUCAAUGAAAAUAUGUCCUACUCAGAAAAUCCAUGAUGCUAAAAAUAAGGCAGGGGAUUAUUUAUUGAAAAAUGCAGGGUCUGCACAAAGCCCCUUUACUAUGGCAAUAAUUUCGUAUGCGUUAGCUCUUGUGGAUUUGAACCAUCAGUCUGCACGAUUGUUGUUCUCUGCGCUGAAGAAGGAAGCGUCUGUCAUAGGCGAGCCUCCUAUUUAUCGUUUUUGGAAAGGUAGUUUAAAAACAUUAGACCACCAUGCUCCCAAUUCUGUUACCGCACAAAUGGUUGAAACUACAGCAUAUGCAUUGCUUACUGCUUUACUAAGAGGGGACAAGAACUAUGCUAAUCCAAUCAUCAAAUGGUUGUCUGAAGAACAGAGAUAUGGUGGAGGAUUUUAUUCAACUCAGGACACUAUUAAUGCUCUUGAAGCCUUGACUGAAUAUUCCCUUCUUGUCAAACGGCUUAAUUUGGACAUGAGUGUUAAGGUAGCAUACAAAAAUUAUGGAGAUCUUCAUCUAUUUAAACUGACAGAAGAAAAUUUUGUGGGAAGAACUUUGACAGUGCCUUUGGAAGAUGACAUAUACGUAAGCACUGGCAGCAGCACUGGCAUAGCUACAGUAAAUGUGAGGACAGUAUACAACAUAAUUGGUACUUCUGAAGAGUCGUGUAACUUUGAAUUGAAGAUUGUUCCAAAGAGAGAUGAUGGUUACAGAAUAGAAGAUGGUGGGCCACUUGGGCGCGUAGAGGCUUGUGCAAAGUACAAGCCCAGCAUGAGAGAGCCACAGUCAGGGUCUGCUCAUGCCGUGAUGGACAUAGGUUUGGUUAGUGGAUUGGAAGCAAAUAGAGAAGACUUAAAUACUCUUGCAAGUGGAGUGGAUCAACUGAUAGCUGAUUAUGAGAUAAUAGAUGGGCAUGUUGUUAUUCAGAUAGACUCUGUUCCAGCUGAUAGUUUCCUCUGUGUUGGGUUCCGAAUAAGUGAGCUUUUCCAUGUUGGAAUACGAAAUCCUGCUACAUUCACUGUAUAUGAGUAUCAUGCACCAGAUAAAAGAUGCACUAUAUUUUAUAACCCAUAUGGAGAUGAAAAACUUGUGAGGUUGUGUGAAGGAAAUGAAUGCAAAUGCAUGGAAGCUGAGUGUAGUAGAGUACAAGAAAGACUGAAUCAGUCAAUAACUGCUGAUACCAGGAGAGAAGCUGCAUGCCAGAAUGAUAUUGCAUAUGUUUAUAAAGUGAACAUCUUGUCUCGUCGUGAAGAAGGUUAUUUCGUAAAGUAUUCUGCAGCUAUUCUAGAUCUCUAUAAAAGAGGGCAUGCUUUUGCUGAAAAAAAUAAUGAAAUUACCUUUGUUAAAAAGAAGACCUGUACUGAUGUUGAACUGAGCCCAGGAGAGCAGUAUUUGAUCAUGGGCAAAGAAGCCUUAAAGAUAAGCAUUGGUUAUAGUUUCAGAUUCCAGUACCCUUUGGACUCCAGCACUUGGAUUGAGUGGUGGCCUUCAAACACAGCAUGUACAUUUUGUCAGGAGUUUUUAAACAGAAUGGAAGAUUUUGUUGAAGAUCUCAUCAUCAGUGGCUGUUGAUUUACGUGGAUAAUUUUUUAAUUAAAAAUACAGAUCAAACCUCAUUUAAAAAAAAAUCCUCAGCUGUUCAGUAAUUAUUUUCAGAACUUAACAUUCGUGACUAGUUCAUCUUGGAGAACACUCUUAGCGUGUAGUUCAUAGCGACUUUCUUAUAACCUGGUAAUUUUCAAAGUAUGUCUUUUAAGCUUGGAUUGGAGAAUAAUGCAAAAUACUGCAAAGACAUUUGAAGUGAGAUGAAUUGAAAUGGAAUGACUGCAAAUAUGGAAAAUACUGUCUUUUGCCAGAAUAACCAUCAGAAGCAUUGAAAUCCAAUGUCUUACUAAAACAUAACCCUUCCUUCAGCAAAAAAAAAUAAUAAUAAUAAAAAAGAAUUGUUUUAUCAAAUAAUUUUGUUCCAACUUUAAUUGGAAAAAAAAAAGACAUACAUAACCUAGCACAAUUGUAUCCAAGUAGUUAGGACAAAAGCCUUGCUGCGCCCCAGUUACUUUAUAGUACGUAUUUUAAAUGUUCAUUUUCCAACCACAGUAAAGUACUGUAGUGUAAGAAUGGUGGAAGACAAAUCCUAAAGCUAUUUAUAUUACGCUAAGAGUGUAAAGCCAGAUACUGCUGACCCUUUUUUGCUUCUUUAGUUUCCUCAUCCUCAUUUUAUUGUACCUUAGACCCCUUAGACCUGCAGAUGACAGAUUCUUGCUUUUUUUUUUUUUUUUUUUUACCUAAGCUGGUGUCCAGGUGUUUACAUUAACAUUUUUCAUUCAACUUGUGGUUGGAGUAACAGAUUUUUAAACUAAAUGAUCCUGAAGAUUUACUAAGUAAAGAAAUGACAGUUUCUUCAUGUUUGAAAUGCGAAAAUUUAUUUUAACAGUGCAUUGAAAUACUGCAGUGCAACUCAAACAACUCCCACUCCCUGCAAUGGAAAGAAAACAUACUGGAAACAUGCAGUUCAUAUUCAGUUACAGGCAACUCUUCACUUUUUAUAACUAAACAAACUGAAAAAUCUUCACCAUACCUGGCAGCAUUUCAUUUUUGAAGUGAUACUUACAUUCAUCGAAGAUUCUGUCAUUUGUAAAGCAUUUUGGCAUGUAAAAUUCUCUGAAUAAGCAAAACGUUUAAUUAGAAGCUUUUUAAAAUCCCAUUUGUAUAUGAAAGGGUGAACUUCCAAGUUUGUUGAAUCUGCACAGCAGUUAUGAUUAAUUUGUGAAGUGUCAGUGGUAUAUUCAGAGGAAUUAAUAGUUUUCUAAGGAAUUUUUUUGAGAAGAGCUGUUGGAAUGAUUUGAACACGCCAUGACAGUUUGAUGAGAAAAAAACAUUUUUCUGAAGUGCUAUGGAGGUGUGCUGCAAGAGCAAACAAACUUUUUUUAUAAAACCCUUAAUAUUUCUGAGUAAUAAGCUCACAAAGUACCUUUAAAAUAAUGCAAACAUUGUUAGUCUCAUGAUUAUAAGAAGGCAGUGUUAAAUCAAGGCGAAAAAGAAAAUAGUCAUGUUACUACAAUGAAAAACCAAGCAUGUGAUACAGGGGAACCCCACUCUGAGAGAGAUCAAAUCUAGUGUUUCCCCUUGCUGAUGGUGUGCUAAGAAUUUCAGUCGUUAACCAAUUUGGUAAGUCCUCUUUCAAGAUGUUGUUUGUCAUAUCGUAUAUAAUGUACUUCAACCAAGUUUGAAUACUUUUGAUGUUUUUGUAUUGUUUUUUUUUUGUUGUUGUUUGUUUUUUUUUGUUUUCCUGAUAGCAUUGGUAUGUUAUUGAUCUGUGUAGAGAAAAUAGAUUAUUUUAAAAAUUGUAGUAUGUUUCUCACAGGUUCUAUUUUAGGAAGACCACAUUUUGGGUAUAAACCCUGCAGUCUUGGUUCAUCUUAGUAUCUGCGGUUUAAAUAAAAGUAUGACAGUGAACAACAGUGGUGGCUUUAGUCUAAAGUUUUCUGGUUAUCUUCAUAAGAGAACAUGCUACAAUGCCUCUGUAUUUGGAAGAUCUGGAAUAUCCUCAGUCCAGAGUGAUUAAUAUGUGGAAAGAAGAAGGUCACAGAUGAUGCAAUUUUUAAUUUUGGCUCUGUGAGUGCUUUUUUUAAUCUUCUAAACUUUUCUAAGAAGCAUAAGAUAACACUCUAUCCAAUAAUAUCUGGAUAUAAACUCAAACUGCAGAGUGAAGUACACUUCAUUGCUCAGUGAGGUUGUCUAGGCAGUCCAGCUGUAAGCAUUUCUAAUUCUGAACUUUACAUAAAAGCUUUACACGACAAGGAGCUUGUCUCAGUUUCAGAUGUGACUUCUGAAAUUUCAGUUCUGUUGAUUAUUUUAGUGAGACAG